ACAGAUCACAAGGAGACUAACCAAGAAGGGGCAAGCCAGAGCUAAAUUCACUGGUAGUCCACUCAUCUCUUCGACAUGUGGAAAGUGGUGCUCCUGGGACUAUAUACAAUGUUGGCUGUCAGAGGAUUGGCAAAGGGUGCUCCUUUCGAACCAGAAGAAAAAUGGAAACCUCUAGAUAAUCCUAGAAACAGAGACUUGUUUUUCAGAACGCUCCAGGCGUACUUUUCGGGCCGGGGUCUCGAUCUCAGAAAUUUCCCAGCUACUUUCACUGUGAACAAUGAAGGACCAAGGCCGGUCACGUUGUACUCAGAUCCCAUUGCUUCUGCGUUUGCAGAUUAUGAGGAAAGGAAAAAUUCUUUUCCAAAUGACUUCAGAGGCUAAAAGAUGCUGCUGACCAAGGUAAAAGAGGAUGCUUUUUCAUGUAAGCCAGUGAAAUCUGUGGAUUUCAAGCAAUUCUCAAUUGCAUCUGAAGUAUAAAAACAACUUGUUCUUCGGACAAAAUAAAGUAUGACACCUUAACUCA